AUGAACAGUUUGAAUAAUCGAAUUAAAAAGAUUCUUCCUUAUGGGUCAAGGUUCAAGCUUCUUAAUGUAAAAUCAGUUUGUGUGGAAAACAAGUCUCCAAUCAAUUACCGUUCUAACGAUAAGCCAAAGAGAUCAUUAAAAGUUAAACAUUAUAUUGCAUUACUCAAUGAUGAAGAUAUUAUUCUAGUUGGAAUAGAGAUUUAUGUGUAUUUGAACAUUUAUAAUGACUUCGUUGACCAAUUGAUCUUCGUUUCUAAGUGUGAUACAACAGGAUUAAGACAAUCACCCGUGAGAGUUCAUUAUUUUGUAAAAGAGGUCCUAUGUUGGUUAGUUGACUUUGAUUUGCAUAAUUAUUGCGAUAAAGUGAGAUUAAAGCCUAUUAAAUUGAAUGACAAGACUAGAUACGAUGGAGACAACCUAGUGAUCAAACAAUUGAACCAAAUAAUUAUGAAUUUAAGACAAGAUCCAGACUACUUCAAGAAAAUACCUUACUAUAAUUCAAAAAAAUUGGAUGAUGUCACUGAUUUGACACAUAUAGAUAUACCUCCUGUUAGAAACAUCAAGUUGUCUCUUUUUACAAGGUCUUCUGAGCAGUACUUAUUUCCUGAAUCAGCCAAAAACAAAUUCAAGCAUGUUCUCGAUGGUCGUCAGCUUCUAAGUUGGUGGAUUAAAGUAAUUGAUGGGUCUUUAGAUUCUAAAUGGAGCUGUAAGCUAAUGGUUCCCGGAUCUGAUUCUAGGUCAAUUAAAAAUUUUAUAGAAGGGAAGAUGAAGUGGACAAUCGGAAAUAUUUACACAAAUGAAGCCGACGGCAAAGAUGACUUCGCAAUAUGGAAAAUUCCCUUAUUUCCAGAUGAUCCCAAGGGAAGAUUCCUUGAAAACUUAGUCGUUGAAGGCAGAGCCAAGUCAGUUACUUCGAGUGAGUUUUGGACAGAGCUAGGUUUCAGGCAGGAGUUCAGGUUAGGUAUCUUGGUUGGACUCAUUGGGUGCGAGUUGAAUAACCAGCCUGUAGAUAGUUCGGAUAAUCUUCAUGAUACUGAAACUAUACUCAAUUACAGAAAGCUUACAAAGCUAAUGAGAGGUGAAAAUUACAACUCAGAGAGUGAUGUUGAGGCAUUGGUGCAGAAAAAAAUUCCUGAGCUACUUGGGCCCAAGUGUUAUAGCCAUCUUACUGGCUUGCUUGAGAUCGACGACAGUCAAAAUUCCGUAAAACGAGUAGGAGUGACCACCUCUAACGAUCUUACAUCAUCCAUUAAGAAAAAGCCCAAGGUCCAAGCCAAUAACUUGACUAAUCUCAUUCGUAGAAAGAAGUAG